GCCAAAAGUGCUUUUUUAUGUUGGGUUGUUGAUAUCUCCACACGAAACGGUUGUUUCUGUUUGUUGCCCUACAGUGGUGCGCAUAUAACAAAGAGCAGCAUCUCGUCUGAUGUUCUGAACGUAAGAAACGCGUUCUACUGAGUGGCAAUUCCAGACCUCUUGAGGACAGGAUCUAAAUAGUCAACAAAGCAACAUGGCCUUAUUCGAAGCUGUGCGUAAUGGUUCUGUCGAGUCUGUGCAAGAUAUUCUAAAUGAGGUGGAGGAUUGGGGUGAUGCCGCUGGCGCCUGCGGGGUGGACUUAGAGGACAAGGACGAGAACGGCCGGACGGCACUUCAUAUAGCUGCGGAGAAGAACAUGUCUGACAUCGUCGGGCUUUUACUUGAGAGUGGGGCCAGUGCUAAUCCGCUUGAUAAGGCAAUGAAGACACCACUGUAUCUGGCAGCCGAGAAAAAUCACAGCGACGUCAUGCAGGUUCUGAUCUGUGGCGAUUUUGACCCCAUGGCCUCGAGUCAAGUGCACACGUUCCACUUAGCAACCGAGCGCAACGACACAGCAGUAAUGGAAGAGCUACUGGUCAAUCUGGUGGACGUCGAUGAGCGAGGCUGUGCAUUGGGGGACAAGGGAGAGAGUGGUACAGCCCUGCAGGUGGCCGCGAGGAAUGGGCAUGUGUAUGCACUUGAGAUGUUGCUUUGGCAUGGUGCCAACAUAGACGCGGCUACCACGCCUGGAGGUCUGACGGCACUCUACGCUGCUGCCCAAGCUGAUCACACGCACGCUCUUACUCUCUUGCUGAAAGCUGGCGCAGAUGUCAACAAACUUUCAACGGCGGGCCAGGAUGCGCUGAUGAUGGCUGUAUGCAACGACAACGUCUGUGCCACAAAGCAGCUGCUGCAGCAUGGCGCCAGUACCGCUCAUGCAGACUAU